AUCUAGAGUUGCUCGGAACCUUGAUCCAACCUUGAUCUUUCUUUUGCUGUUCGUGUACAUAAUAUGGGUUGGCAGAAAACCUUUACGCUUUCACAAAGAUCCAAAGGGUGUCAUCUUGUCACGGAUGAGGUGUACGCCCAGAUCACACCAGGCAUCAAGGACGUGAAGGUUGGGAUGCUCUUCCUCUUCAUUCAACACACGUCAGCCGCGCUGACUAUCAAUGAAAACUAUGAUCGAGACGUCCGCAAAGAUAUGGACAUGGCUCUAGAUAAUAUCGUCCCCGAGAGUCUUAACUGGAUGCACACGGAUGAAGGUCCAGACGACUCCGUAUCUCACACGAAAACAUCCUUGAUCGGUGCCACCAUUUCGAUCCCAAUUACCGAUGGCCGACUGAACCUCGGCACUUGGCAAGGGAUCUACUUGACCGAGUUCAGACACGCAGCACAUUCUAGGCGGGUCGUUGCCACAAUUUUGUCAUAGAAUGUCGGUAAUACACGUAUGGAGCACUCGACAGUUGCAGAUAUUUCACAGUGAUUACCAAGACCUUUUGCGCUGUCAUGGACGUUUGUGGCUAUGUGCUAUAGUGCUUUAUCCCCCAGUGGAUGAUUUAGACUAACAUCGAUCGGCUCAAAUCAAAAGACUCCCAUUCUAUUGUCUCAUCAAACCCUGCCUGAAACGAUCGGGAUCAUGUCAAAUCUAGAAAGUUGCGCGCACUGACAAUUCUGUUGAACGUUAAGUAGAUGU